UUCUUUGCACUUUAAUCCUUUUCCCCCCCUGACGAUUUCCCCACCCCUUCAUAGGGUUCGUGCCUGUGCUCCUGUUUCCACAUUCCGGAGCACACCCAGGCUUGCCAGCUCAAGCAUCGGUUCCUAGGGCGAAGGCGUUUACUCGUGCUUCGUCUUUCGGACUGGUAUCCUACAGAGUCCCAUCUCAACGGAUCAUUCCUGCCUGCUCCUGAGCCAGCCUAGAUGCCAGACACGCCGUCACGGUAAGGGUUGCAUCGUGCCCUCUGCCCGAAGGCUUUCAAUCUGGCUCCGGCCAUCACCAGGCUCCACUCCAGCUGUCUACCCAUCCUUCUCCUUUUCAAUACCAGGCUAUCGUCUCUUGUGGCCGUUCAUUAAUAUUUCCCAACUAAUUCCACUCAUUAAUCCCUUAAUCCGACGACUGUCAUUCUCUCACCUCCGUCGUUUCCUGAUCGACACAGUUAUCAGGUCCGUUCUUUGAAUACUCUUUGGGUCGACGUUAAUACCAGACCGACAUCAUGGCCUACCACAAGCGCCCCACAUCGAGCUACCAGCCCUGCGAUACUUUCUUCGUCGAGACCUACGACGAGUUCCCUGCCCCCCGUAUGGAUCCGAAAGAACACGCCAAGUUGAUGGCUCGUGAGCGUCAGUACGCCAUGGCGGAACAGCUGUCAAAGAUUACCAGCGAGGAAUUCCGUGACGACGUUCUGGCGCACAUGCUGGACAUGGAUGCUGCUACGCUUCCGGACGUCGAGUCGAUCGAUAUCCAGACCGAGAUCCAGUGGUUCAUGCGUCCAUACCUGCUCGACUUCUUGAUUGAAGCCCACACUGCAUUCCAGCUGUUGCCAUCGACCCUCUUCCUCACCAUCAACCUUCUUGACCGUUACUGCUCCAAGCGUGUUGUCUACAAGAGACACUAUCAACUCGUUGGAUGUGCUGCCUUGCUCAUCGCAGCCAAGUAUGGAGACAAGAAGGACCGCGUGCCUACCAUCAAGGAGCUCAAGUCGAUGUGCUGUUCUCUAUACGACGACGACAUGUUCAUCCAGAUGGAGUGGCAUGUGCUGCAAACACUGGGGUGGACCAUUGGACACCCGACUGUCGAUAGCUUCUUGCAGAUGGCUGUGAUGGAUUGCCCGUAUGAUGCCGAGGUCGAGCACCUGGCAUUGUAUAUCUCGGAGAUCUCGCUGUUCCAUCGGGAAUUCGUGUCCAAGCCGUCGUCGGAUCUCGCCCGGGCCUCGCUGGCUCUUGCGCGCUGCAUCCUGAACCGGACUCAGCCUCGUCACACAGAAUGGGCAUCCCAGUACGACUCGAUGACGCUCGUGGGGUUGUCGCAGCAGCUUCACCAACCCUCCCAGGUGCUUUCCAGGAAGUAUUCCUCAGCUCACUACUCCCGUGUGUCCAAGGUGCUGGAACAAUUCCUUGCCCGUCAAGCUUCGAUCGCAAGCUACACGCCCCCCAGCCCGCAAACGGACGUCGUACAACCCGAGCCCAAGCCAUACGAAGGCGAGAUUGGGCUUGCUACACCGCAGAAGGCGACCCAAUCAUCGGCCAUGGCGCACGGUUAUAUCACACCGCCGAUCACCCCGGAGAACGAGGCUUUUGCCAAUGGUGGUAAUCCCACCUUUGCCAAAGGCACAGCAGGAGCUAGUGCUUGCUCGCCGUCGCCGACACCCCCGCCCAGCAUGCAGUACGUGAGCUCUCACGCGUAUUCGCAGGAUACCACGUACCAACAACAGUUCCUCCAGCCCCAAAUGUCAUUCAGCACUGGUUACUGAACUCGACACGAGGGUUGAGGGAGCUGCUCGUCAAUAAUAUACCAACAUAUUGCUCGAUACCUGAAUACGAUGUAUUUUUGCAUCUUGUGCCAUAAAUGCCGAUCUGGUUGGAACCGGAACCUAUACAGACCUGGUUCUAUUUCGACACCAAUUUCGUUCUAUUUUCAUCUUUGUUUCCUUGUCUAAAAAUUGCAUACCCCAUCUCCUUGUCUUCCGCAUAUCAUCUCUCGGGACUACCCCCCGUUGCAUUCAGCUUG